GUGGGAAGUCGGAUAUUGGGAGAAAAGGAUGCCGCGACAGAGCGGAGUACGCGGAGAGAAGUGACCUGCUGUGUCUGCAUCGGUUCUGCUCAUUGUUUACGUACCUACACAAAUAAAACGGCUUCGAGCGUAGAUAGUUCACGAGCUCUGAAUCUGUACUAAUAUGCUCAUGCUUCCUGUUAGAUAGUGAAUUUUUCGUACCACGACCGCUAUUUCGUUGUACUAUUGAUGAUGGGGAAAACGUCUGUCGAAGAUCUAAUUGCUUUUUCCAUCGGUAGCCGGGUGCGGCGCGAGGUGGGCCUUCUGAUCGACGAGACAUGUGGGUGGCACAAUGGCAUCCGGGUGCUCGGUGUCGGCGACGAGCUGCUAAAUGCUGGUGGAUGGGGACGAGCGCUGACCCAAAAGCUCAAUUACCAGUAUGAAAUGAGUGUGCGCUAUUCCACACCAGUAGGAGCACCGACGGAAAGACAAGAAGAGACGAGUACUGGAAGUGGUGGCAGCAGUUCUCGACCAAGUACUUCUUCGCCACGUGCUUUCAGAAAUUCCACGAGCCGCGCGACUGACAGGAGCCUCGACGUUGCCAGAAAUUUAGCACCUUCUUCGGAGAUAAUGACAGAAGUGCUGACCACACUGGCGAAUGGGAACGCGAACGGUCACAACCCGCUGCAGAAUUAUGGACAGUCUCAGUCUCUGCCACAGUUGGUGGAUUCUACAACAGUAGCACACGAGGAGAAGAGAUAUCUGAGUUUGAGUGUUGUACAGAAGAAGGUGCUGCUUUUCCUUGACGCCUACGACGUCAUUAUAACGGACCGGUCGGUUGAGCAGGGUAUAGUCGAAAGGUUUGACAGCCUGCGAGGACGCUUUCCACAGUGCGAAAUCUUCUUCAAUCCUGAGUUCUGGUGUCCAUUGAAUUGCGCUGGUACUGGUGGCGCGGCAACCAACAGCCAUGGGUACGCUGUUUCAAUUUACGAAGCGGCGAAGGCGGGACCAGGCAAGGAACAUAUCUUCGAUCGCUACGCUUUUCUAAACAGUGGCGUUUUCAUAGGGUACACAUCUAUAACUCGUGAAUUUCUCACGCGCAUAGUUGUAGCAGAGAAAGUGGCUUGAUUUCAAUCGUGUACUACAAACUUAGAUUACCUCUUGAUUUACAGCAUCAUCCACAUCUUCAUCAGCCGGCUCGUGUUCCUUCCCCUCAUUGCCAGGUACGCUGAUACUAUUCGCAGUGUCUUGGAGGACCCAGAGUACAAGCGCCUGAUGGUAGAGAAUCAGAGCGAUGACCAGUGGUGGUGGUCUAAGGUGUGGAUCCGUGAACGGAUGCGAGGCACGAAUAGGUUGUGUCUUGAUAGUUACGGGGAGUUGUUGCAGACGACUUCCUGCGCCGUGGUCGGCAAAGUAGAUUCGGUACUGGAGUGGCAAAGUACUCCUACAGGAAGUGCUACGGGUGUACCUUCGUCACCGAAUGCGGUUCCUUCCAGUACUCCUGCUGCAGACAGCUACGUUUCUGGAAAAGCGAAGAGGCCUGUUCCGUCAGAGGAAUUGUACUAUGUAUCGCCUCCUGGCACGCUGUUGUGGAAUUCGGAUACCAGCAAGGUGAAAUCUAUCAGCAGCUCGACGACCGAUGACUCUGCGAGAGGAGCAGCGUUUGCGAAAACGACGUCUAGUCCGCGAGGUCUUGACAAACCAACGGGAUCGGGGCUCCGACAGCUCAACAAACCCUUGGAUGGAGGUGUGGCUGAGCAGGUGGUGGUGGGUCUUUCCCCGUCCGCGAGUUCAGCAGUACCGGGAUCUUCUUCAUAUGGCCAGGAUAUAGGUUUUUCUACUCGCGUAACGAUGAAUGGGACCUUUGCGCAAAGAUCGUACCCGAUCGUCACCGUUGCGGGUAGCGCAGUGCAACCUCUGGAAGCUCGGUUUCCCAAAGGUUUUGCUGGAAAGACUGACGGGUACGACUUGUUGUAUUUCGCGCACAACGGUACUGUCGUCCGUACAGACACGGGCACACAGCCGCUCGUGCUGCACUUCAACGCUGGGCGCAAGGGCUACUACGAUAUGUAUCGUGUAAUGCGGCCUCAGAACGAAGAGGUGAUGGAGAACAGCCUCUACUUCCUGGGCAUGGAGAACGCACCGUCAAAUAUGCUGCUUGGCGGCCACCACUUCGUGUUUCUUCGGGCUUUUCUCUUGGUAUUGUGGAUUUGCGCGCCUAUUGCAUGGUUCGUGCUCGUCCGCCGGGUUGCUUUCAUCUGCCGCACCAUCUGGAAGCUUGCGCCACAACGACGAACGCAGGUUUCAGCUCAAGAGUGAAAAGCUCCAGAUUUGGAAACAAUGAGUUGUUUUUGUUCGUCCGCCUGAAUAAAGCCAGAUAGUCCAACUACACUCACACUUCUGACAUAGCUAUUGCGUUUUCUACAGCGAAUAGGAUACACCAAGGCACCAAUAGUUUUGAUCGCAGACGUUGUUUUUUGGUGUUAACAAUUAUGCGUCUGUUGGAGGGUCGGCGAAAUGGGGAGGGACACAGUCAUACUCGGGACAAAGGGACCACAAUGAGUGGGGGGAAAAAGAACUCAUAGUCAAAUGAAGUAAUAUGUUGGCACUUCAUGUGUAUGUGUGUCUCUACUUUUUGGUUGGCACAAAAAGAAGUCUCGACAAAAGUUGACAGCGAAAGGUGGAAGAAAAAAGAUGCAGAAAAAGCGGAAAG